AUGCAGGCACAGAUUCACGCAAAAGACGAACUCAUACAAAAGCUCCAGUCUGCCGCUCACAGCGAGACUGGUCAGCAGGCAAUGCAGGAAACACAAGAAGAACUCGUAGAGGACGGGUACCGGUCUAUACCAGACAAGGAGGAAAAUCCAAACAUCACCACACUGGUCAAGCGAGAGCUCACGGUCAUCGAACACGACACCCAUGUCAAGGAUAUUGAAAACGUCCUCGUAGAGCUGAUUCCACCGCGUAAGACGCCCGACAGCAUCUUCGUACUCAACGUCUAUAGCAGUCCGAGAUGCCGCAAACACCGCUUUCACGUCCUCUUCAAACGAGCACUCGAUAUCGCCCAGGGGCAACAACUCUUCAUUGGAGGCGACUUCAACGUGGUGCAUACGGCGGGGGGUUACAAACAAGAUCAGCCGAAAGGCAGGCAUCUGUGGGAAACGGCGCAACUCACCGGCCUCGAGCUGGUCACUGACCCAGCGGCACCAACUAGGCAGGGCAACAGCGUCAGCACUGACACCACGCCUGACUUUACCUUUACGUGCAAUACACGAAAGGUGACUUGGAGAAACACCAUGCAAGACUUGGGCAGUGACCAUUGCAUUAUCUCUAUAGAAGCAGAAGGCGGCCCACAGGAGCACAAUGCCGGUCGCCAAAUGAAGAUCACCAAUUGGGAACUACUACGAAAAAAUCGAGACAAGCAACACAUUGAAGACAUCAAAGACAUUGAGAAAUGGACCGAGCAACUUCGGCGUGACAUCGAGAGGCACACGCUAUACGCGGAUGAUAUUACGAUCUGGACGACAACUGGCAGUGACGGAGAGAUCGAGGAUCGCUUACAGGCGGCCAUAGAAUGCGUGGAACAUUACCUCGUAGGCACGGGACUCACCUGCUCGGCCGAAAAAUCCGAAUUACGCGAAGGCAGCGUCAUACGACUCAUACAAGCCUUUGUUAUUUCACAACUAAUGUACACGGCACCGUUUCACAAAUGGACAGUUGCGGAAAAAGACAAGCUUAACGCCCUGAUACGCAAAACGUACAAGUUCGCGUUGGGACUGGCACCCGGAGUUAGCAACAGCAAACUCCUAGAGCUAGGGUUGCAUAACACCCUCGAGGAACUCGUGGAGGCGCAACAAGUUUCCCAGCUCGAGCGCCUAUCCAAGACCCGCCCAGGCCGACACCUACUCGAAAAACUUGGCAUCACGUACCAUACGCAGCACGGCAUCAAAGUCGAAAUUCCAAGAUCGAGUUUCGUGGCAGUAGUUUCUGGCCGUUGUGGCAAGUACAUCACAAGCCUCACUGUGAACACGGCACACGCUGAAGCGGCAGAGGAAGCGGCUAUAGCACUGGCCCUCACACAGACCAAUGCCACAUACGUGAUUAGUGAUUCGCAAAUAGCACAGUUACAAAGACGCAUAUACCCAUCUCCUCACGAAAGGCUAAACAGAACGCAAGCGGUACACUUCAGACAAUUACAAACAGAUUCAUACAGAAACUCCAGACUCAUGCACGCCAUGUAUCCAGACAAAUACACCACAAACAGGUGCACGUCAUGUGGCGAGGUUGCCACCCUUAGUGACAUG